AUGCAGGGAAAGGCCGCCAAGGGGAAACGCCCACGGAAGAAAGCAGCAGCAAAACCUCAAAAGAAGAAAGAGCAGCAGUUUGCUGCUGCUGCUGCUGCUGGGGGCUGCCCAGCCCUGGGGGCCUGGAGGCCCCUGCCGCUGGAGCAGCAAAUUGAUGCUUUUGCUGCUGCUGCUGCUGCUGCUGCUCCCCAGAGGGGGGUCCUCAGCAGCGGGAAGCCAGCGGCGCCGCAGCGUUGCUUUUUUCCCGCUAAGCCUGCUGCUGCUGCUGCUGCUGCUUCUGCUGCAGGGCAGCAGCAGCAGCAGCAGCAGCAGCAGGCUGCCGCGACAGAUCCAGAUGCUGCAGCAGCGUCUGCAGCAGCAGCAGAAUCUGCUGCUGCUGCAGCAGGACCUGGCGCGGCCUCCAUUCACAUCAGCAGCAAGUUUAAUGCCAUGGUUGAGACCCUCAGCACUUUGAGACACCGCUUACAACACAAGUCUCGCAGCAGCAGCAGCAGCAGCAGCAGCAGCAGCAGCAGCAGCUCAGAUGAAGACCCAGCAGCAAUAGACGAGCUCCACGUGUACGCGGAGCUGCAGCGGCUGCUGCUGCUGCUGCAGCAGCCCAACGACCCCAGCAGCCAAAUGCAGCAGUUAGAUGAUGUCUACAAAUGGUACCUUUCGUUUUGCUGCCCCGACCAGCAGCAGCAGCAACAGCAGCAGCAGCAGCAGCAGCAGCAGCGGCAGAAGCAAAGGCAGCAGCAGCAGCAGCAGCUGGCAGCAGCAAGCUGCUCGGGAGGGUCCCCUCAGGAGCCCACAGAUACACCUCUUCCUGGUUCUGCCUUUUGGGACCCCCAGCAGCAGCAGCAGCAGGAGCAGCAGCAGCAGCAGCAGCAAGAGGAGCUGCAGCAGCAGCAGUCAGAGAGUGACGAGGAUGAGGACGAAGAGGAGGAGGAGCAACAAGAGCAGCAGCAAGGCCAACAGCAGCAGCAGCAGCAGCAGCAGCAGCAGCAACAGCAGCCGCAGGAGCAAGAGGAGCAAGAAGAGCAGCAGCAGGAGGAGCAGCAGCUAGAGCAGCAGGAACAGGAGCAGCAGCAGCAGCAGCAGCAGCAACAGCAGCAGCAGCAGCAAUCUGCUCCUUCCUUCUACGACUAUAUAGCAGCACACGCCCCCGUGUGCACUGCAGCAGACAAACUGCGGCAGUACAAAAUGAAGCUGCUGUUUAAACCCCAGCAGCAGCAGCAGCAGGCCAGCAGCAGCAGCAGCAGCAGCAGCAGCAGCAGCAGCAGCAGCAGCAGCAGGAAUUUAUUUGAAUAUCAGCCAGCCCAAGGCUUGCUUCCCUGGGGUUUAGUUUUAAAGCCUUCGGAAAAUGAAGAGGCCGCCGCAGUAAACCCUAAAAGGCCCCUCCAGUGCCACUUUCAAGGGUACCAGGCCCCCGACCGCCGUUCGCUCUUGGGCUCUCAAAUGCAUCAGCGGUGGUUCGCUGCGCGUCAACGAGAGCAAGCUGCAGCAGAGAAAUAUGCAGAGAGGAAAGCAUGCGUGGCGAAUUGGCGUUUGCACCGAGACGCAGUCCUGCGGCAGGCUCAGGAACCAGACCGCAACGAGUGGCGUCAGCACUGCCGUUUGCUGCAGCAGCGGCACACGACAGCAGCAGCAGCAGCAGCAGCAGCAGCAGCAGCAGAGUGUUCGCAAGCAGCUAAGGGUUUAGGGUUUACGGCUCAGUCAACUGCAACAGAGCCAGAAGCAGAAUCCAUUUGCUCCAGUGACUCUGAAGAAGAAGAAGAAGAAGAGCAGCAGCAGCAGCAGCAGCGGCUGCUGCUGCUGCAGCGGCAGCAGCGGCUGCAGCAGCAGCAGCAACAGCUCAGGUUGCAGCAGCAAAGACACACAACAGUCAAUGCGACGACUUUGGGCUCCGUCCACCCUUUCGUGAGGUUUGUAAUGCGCAAUGUCUCUGUGAGGGCUAGAAAACGUCUGGCGAUUCCACUGCGGCGCAACGGUCAGCAGCAGCAGCAGCAGCAGCAGCAGCAGCAGCAGCAGUUGUAA